UUCACUUUUCGGAAGUGAAUAACGCAAAGAAAACGGUUAAGAAAACAACAACGUUUGCUGUUAGUGAAGCAUUUGGAGGGAAUAAGCAAAGGAGUACGAAUAAAGUUAUUACACACUGUUACAGCUGGAUUUUCAUAUAAAUAUCACUUGUGGUUCCAUUUAACUAAUAAAUCGAGUCACCCAACAAAUUUAUAUCGCUACAUCUGUAGCGAUGGAUGAUAAGCCUGCGUUUGCGAAAGUUAGCAAAAGGCGGAAAAGUUUUUUUAAUUAUGCAAUGACGACCAAGCGAUGGCACAGAAUCGCUCCAGCUACAUCAGUUGGCAAUGAAACGGGCGAGGAUGUCGUACUGUUCUUUAAAGUGAUCUUUAUUGCCAUUACGUCCAGUACAGUUGCUUCCAACUACUUUGACACUCAAGGGUCUAAUCUCUCGCAUGAGUCACCAUCGCGUAUUGAAUUUGCCAAUAAUGCUGGCAGCGUUGUCGAUUUUUUGGCCUACGGGAAUCCGCCACCGAACGUCGAAUGGUUGGAUAAGGAUAAAAAUUCCAUCACCUCAAUAUCAAAGGUAAAUUUUCUUCCCGCUCAUAUUCAAAGAAAAGAAACAGUAAAUUUUGAAGCAGAUACACGACUAUAA